AACGCUAUGCGUUUUCAAUCUGACCUAAUUCGUCGCUCAUUGUGCAUGUAUUUGUAAAGCGUCUGUAGUUUCAGUUUCUAUUACGAUGCGAAAUAAAAAUAGCUAAGAGAGGUCGAAAGACGUCCGAGAUUGUUGCGCCAAAAUAUCAGCCGAUCGCAAACUUUUUCGAAUCAAGAAAGCAAGAGCCAAUAAGUGCCGAAUCAUUCGUGUUAUCGAUUUUGUUAGAAACUGUGCAUACAGCAUUUGAGUUGACAUCCAAAAAACAUGAUGGAAAGUCUGUGACUUAACAAAUCUGUCAAAAGUAUAAAAAGGCAUGUCAUUGGUUAGAAAUUCUCGACAUUUUUUAAAGUUUAUAUCAUGGACAGUUUCAAGGAUAAAAGAUGUUACAAAACAUCAGUUUAUUAAAAUGUAUGAUGAUAGUUUACAGUUCUAUUGAAUCAAUACAAGAGUGCAGCGUCAACGGAAGUAAAUCAGCAAUUAUUUAAAGGUGGACUUCAAUAUGUAUGAUCUACUUAUGCUGCCACAAUGUAAAGGCAACAAUCACUGGGUUUUGCUGGUUGCAAGUGUUAUGUCCAGGACUGUAACCAUUUACGACUCAUUGGGUGGUAACAACAAGGCCUUGUUCGAUUUGUUCUGCCAGUUCAUGUGUCAACGAGGGCAAAUUGUGAAAGAUGGCUUGGAAAAAAUCAGUUCAGAGUUAAAAGCGCCACCUUGCAACAAACAGCGCCACGGAAACAGCUGUGGAGUGUUUGCAUUGAUGACUGCCAAAUGUUUGGUCAUUAAAAAGCAUCCCACAAUGUUGCGACAGGCCUAUGAUUCAGUUUAUCGAGACUAGUCGUGAGAAGCAGACUUCUGAUUCCUGGAGUGCGGCAAACAUAUCUGUGCGACUCGAUCACUCCACUGUAAAGACCCGCACGGCAUUAAAAUGGAUAUUAUCAAUAUGUGUUGUUGCUCGAAAAUAUGUUUGUGUAGCAGGAAGUGCUUUGGGCUCGAUUAAUCUGAGAACUCAACAAAAUAUUAAUAAAAUCCUUCUGUGCCUUUUAGUUCUGAAAACAGAAGUAGCCAGUUGGUAUUACACAUCUCCUAAACAAGUACAGCACGAUAAAACUUAUAAACCUAGAUAUUUAUUUAUGUAGUGGUGUAUUUUUCAAUGAGUGCCUUAUGAUUCCAAAAACAUAUUGACUUAAAAUAAAUAAUCCCGAUGGCGUAAAUGACUUAUCAUUUCAUGUUCAUGAACCGGCUUUAAAAUACUUUGUAGACUUAUCUGCUAGGCGGUGAGGACUUUUAGACCACCUGAUAAACUUCAACUUUAUUUGCCCUAGUUCAGUAACCGACUAAACAUAUGCUAACAUUAUACUGAUGACUGAUGA